CCUGCAAAGCCAUGUUGCCACGAUGCACCUACCAGUACGCGCGAAGUAUGAUCUUUAUGAGAAAGCCUGUCGGCUGGCUUGACUGCAGUCUGCCAUGUUCCACAGAUAAACAACUUGAAGGUCAUCGCUCUCAGGUGGCAGACCUCCUUCCCGCAUUUAUAUAGUUGUUGCUGUGGUUUAAUCGUUUACCACAGAAACAGGAAGUUCCUCCGCUGUCACGUCCCCGUACCUUUUAUUCGCUCAAUGACCUUUUUUCUCCUGCAUGUGACAAUGCCAACAUGUCACACCGGGUUCUUACUUAGUUAGAUCGGAAAGCGAAAGUUUAUUUUUAGGCAGACGUGUUCUACCGGUCUACUCUCUUCCUUUAAACGACCCGAACGAGCUGGUCUACCUGCGAUAGCCUCAACAGGUGAGUCCACUCCAGUUUCAUUUGCUCACAUACAGAUGUCAGAUUUUAGCGUUUAGACAUGAUAAAAAGUUCUUGGAGAAAGCGAGUCUCUGUGUGUUUUAUCAGCUGUCCACAGUGGGCCGCUUCAGUAUUAAAGCCAGGUAACCUCUCCAUAAGUCCUCACCUGUAUUUGUUUUACUGAAGGAAAACUUUCAGAAUGCAAUCUUUUUAAUUUCUGCUUGUUUUUAAUGAAAUUAUAUAUAUUUGUUUUUGAAACAACAGGAAAGUACUCUUGUCUUUAUUUGGAUAAGAAAUCCCCCAAACACUCGUCUAAAAGUCUAUGAUGCAAACCAACAGCUGCAUAACUUUAACUCAAAUUUUAACCCUUGCUGUUGGGAGAAAUCGUUAUUUUACCCCAAGGGAUUAAUAAAAUGUCUGUUAAUCCUUGGAAAAAUGUAAUUUGUGCAUUAUUUGUAGCUAUUUAUAAUAAUAAUGAUAAUAAUUAUUAAUGUUAUUAUUUGUUCAUAUUAUUAUAAUAUUGCCGCUCUGCCAAUUAAUGGUGCGGAACGCUGAGGAACCAUUUUAAAAUAAUUAUUUCUAUUAUAACCGGUCACUCCUGAGUUCUACAUGCAGACUGCACAUGAAAAUAGUCUCCUACACCUACCUCCUGCAGUAGCUUCUGAUAGAAAACAGACGGUGAAACUCUAGGAUUAGAAAAUCCUGACAGAUCUAUGUCACACUGUCACCAACAUUCAUGGACUCACCCAUCUUGUCUCACAAUGGGAAAGGUUGUUGUUUUAGCUGGUAGAAGCUACCUGUUAGCAUUAGCAACUCCACCACACAGCAGAACUCCUCGGGGAUGGUGUUAUGUCACAGAGCAGGUUAUGUCAGUGCUAGAGGCCAUUUUGCAGUUUUCCAAUCCGAAGUGAGAUGUCCAAAUAUCUGGAAAUAAGUCUCCUAAUUCCGACAUGUAAAUAAUAACGAUGGACUGGAUCGAUAUAGAGCUUUUCUAAGCACUCAAAGCACGUUCCAUUAUUCACACAUUCACCCAGCUAUGUAACCUCAGCUGCCCUGGGGCGGUCUGACAGAGGCAAGGCUACCAUUUUGCAUCAUCAGCCCCUCUGACCGCCACCAAUGCAGACAAGUUGGGGGAAGUGUCUUGCCCACGGACACAACAGCAGAAUGCCCCUGGUGGAAGCUGGAAUCAGUCCCACAAUCUUCACGAGGCAACUGGGUCUACCUCCUGAGCUACUGCUGCCCCAUGAAGCUCUUCCCUGAUGUGGCCCUCUGCUAGUUCCUCAAACAAGCAGAUCUGAGCUUUAUUUAUAUAUUUUUUGGUGCAUCAGAGUAUUGCACAUGUACUGACGUUGGCGUGAAAAGGGGUUAGUGCCAGCAGCAGUUAAACUUUGGAGUUAUACAUGCUUGCUGCAGUUGGAAUGAAUGACCUACGAGAGCAUUCUGUUUUACUUGAUGUUUCAAGCUGCUGUUAAAAGAGCUGUCACAGUGGGUGGGAGGGGUUUGUUCAAGAUGGAGGUCAGCUUCACGCACAUCCUCCUUUCACACAUCUCCUCAACAGAGUCUAAUGGACAGCUCAGAACCGAGCUAGCUGUCUUAAAGAGCGAGUAACACCUAGAUGAACGUAUUGUGCUGAUAACCUGUGUAGAUGAGUGUCUAAUAGUGCUGUACACACGUGUAAUCACUAUUUUGGCAGUUUAGUGCAACUUACUUUAAAUUUAAUAUUUCAGCCCCAAACCGUAAUUAUAACCCCAUCUUCAGGUUAAGCCUCUGCUCCACAAUGAUUUAAAAUCAGCCACAGCUGAUCACUGUAGCGCUGCAGGGUGACAUUGCACCGCUCUAGACUCCUGCUGAGUCUCGCCGCACCUCCACCUGGCUGGCUCAACCACUCACCUGACACGUAUGACACGUUGGCGCUCGGAACCGCUCGCCUCCUUAAGAAAAACAUCCUCCCCCCUUUAUUCUAAUGAAGGAGGUGAACAGGAAGUCCUCCUUCCUGCAGUCAGUUUCGGUGUCUGCUCUUCUCCUGAGCGGUGAGUCUGCUGCAUGUGUGUGCUCGCCUGCACACCUGUUAACCACAUUUUUUUUCUGACUGAGCAACUCAGAGAGCGCACGUGGGGGGGUUGAGGGGGGUUCUACCAAUCAUUUCCCCUGUGCUGCUCUCUUGGUCCUCCAAGCCAGUGUUUCCCAACGCUGGUCCCCAGGGACCACUGUCCUGUAUGUUUCCCACGUUGCCCCUUCAAACAUCAGUGUUUCCCUGCUGCCACACACCUGACUGAAAUGAAUGCGUGAUUAACCGGUAUCUGCACCACUUGAUGUCCUCCUGAGGGGCCAGUGUAAAUCAGGUGUGCUGAAGCAGACAUGGAAAACGUUUAAGACGAUGGUCCUGAGGACCAGGGUUGGGAAACACUGCUCCAGGCAACGCCUUUUUCCCAGAGCUGCCUGCACCCCAACAGACCACAGCAGAGUGGAUAACAGAGCCAACAACAGAGUGAUAAAAGGAUUUUAGCAGAUGGGAAUUAACUCCAAAUGACCUCAGCCUCCUCAGGAAGUGGAGGCGGCUUUGGCCCUUCUUUUACAGAGCAUCUGUGUUGUUGGUGAGGUGUAGAAGUUGCAGAGAAAGGGUGAGAGCACCGGACCCUGUGGAGCUCCAGUACUGCACACAACCACAUCAGACAUACAGUUGGUGAGGUAGUUGAUGUUUCAUGCAGUCACACGUUUGUCCACUCCUGAACCUCUCAUCUUCUCAUCUUCUGCUGAAGUAGAGAUGGUUGGUAAAACCACUUGAGACGUCGAAGAUCAUGGGUGUUUCUCAAUGCCAAGGAACCUCGCCUUGAGGUCUCGGCCCCACCCCAGUUGCCUAGGAGAUACGUCAUCAGGAGCUGCCAAGACGUGCUCCAAUGUUCAUGUUCUACCAAGGCGUGUGUUCUCCGUUUGUUAGCCGUUUAGCUAGCUGAGCGAGGAUACACGGGAGGUGUCUUGUUGCCUAGCCUUGGACAAAAAUUACCCAGAAUACACCGCAGUAUUUUCAUAAGGAUGGCGGAUCAGAAGCCGGCAACUACUUCGGGGACAAUUUUCAAGUUUCAAAGUAAGUCAACUAAUUAAAUUUUUUUUUAAGAUAAAAAGAAGUUAUCUAUGGUUGGUUAGUUGCUUAGUAGUUGCAGCUUCGGUGGCUAUCGGGUAGUAACUCACUUAUAUAUUUAAUUUAAUAAAAAUAUACACAAUUUAAAAGUAAAAGACUCGUUAUAUAUUUAUAUUGAAACUAAUACGUAUAAAAUAUAACGUUAUCUCUCACGUCACCUGACGUUACGCGACCGUCAUAGAAGCCGCGGUCACGUGAUGCAAGUCUGCUCCAUUUAACCAUUUUCGUUGACCAAGGAAGGACAGUGUCCUUGCAAGCAAGGUGCCUGGCCUCGUAAGACAUCGCCUCCCAAGUCCAGGCGCCUUGACAUUGAGAAACACCACAUGACUCACUCAGUGUGUUUUUGCAUCUCGAGGUGAGUAAGCACCCGGUACCGCAGGCAGAACAUGGCAUCCUCCACCUCCAUGUUAUGUUUAUAUGCAAACUGCAGUUGUUCCGUCUCUAAGCUCACCACAGAGUCUCUCCAUGUUUAAGUAGUAAAAAGAAAAAAGGCUUGUACAAGUGGGAAAGAGUUGAGAAACGAAGAAACUGCAGCUUUUAAUUUCAGUUAUGUCACAUUGGAAGUCUGUCCUAUCACAAGUGGACAGACUGGAUCUGGUGUUAUCUGUAAACAAAACUCCUUCCCCCGUCUCAGACAGUCACCACAAACUUACCCUCAGCACUGUUUCAUGUGCUGACUUGAGUCAGGCUGACUUUCCUCUUUUCUUUUAGAUUCUAACCUUUUUUUUCUCCUCUCAUGAGAUGAUGGACAAGUCCAAUGACAACCCAGAUGAGGACAACGUGUCCCUCCAAAGCAACGAGAAGAUGGCAAAUGUUGCUGUGAAGGAGACUCUUGGUGUGCUACAGUCUCUUAGGAGGAGCUUUAGAAGACCUUCAGAAAAGGCUCCUCGAUCUCCCAAGAGUAAAGAGUUCAAGGUCACAGCUGAAGCAGAAGCAGCAGGCAGCGAGUCAGACGCUUUCCUGUCUCAGCCGCCGCCAUCGCCUGGUCUCCGUGCAAGCUCACCACCCUCUCCAUCACCAAGGAGCUCGGAGGGCUUCUUCCUGAAACGGGAGGAAGAUCAACCAGAUGUUCACAAACACAAGCCACUCGCCCGUUCAAAGACAGAUGCCACUUCGUCUCGGUUGGGUGACUCCUUCAUGAAAAAAGGAGCUUCUUUCCGUCGAAGCCUGAGGUUUGGUAAUAAAAGGGAUGGGGAAAGGAACAGCAAACAGGGGCCUCCUUUAGCUGAUGACCUGCUAGAGAAGACGGACAAGAAGGAGGAGAUAAUUAAGGAGGUUGAAGAACUGUACACACUACCAGAAAUACCUCAGACACCACCCUCAGUGAUGCAGAUAAGCAAGAUGAUAGAAGUGGAGGUACUGGAGGUGGCUCAUGUGAACUUGCUCUCCUUGCGUUUGGAGUAUCAGAAGGAGAGGGAGCAACGUGCUGCAGACUGUUCUGUGGAACUUUCAAAGAAGGAAAAAGACUUGAACCUGCUAUACAGAGAUCUUCGAAACAAGAUCAGCACAAUCGUCCGUGAGUCUAACUCCCUUCCCGUAAGUAACAAGACGCUGCUGGUCCCAAUAGCUUGCAUCAUCCAAGAGGAGGAAAGGAGGGCUGGAGAACCAGGAGGACUACCAGACAGCUGGAUGGAAGCCUGGAGGGAGUCGGUGUAUGAAGGUGUGCGGGUGAAGGUGAAUAAUGUUCACCUGGAUCAAAGAGAACAGAACUCCUCCUGGUUGGCUGUUCAUCUUGGUCUGCUGGGUAAAACCAUUGUGGAAGAUCUAGAAAAUGUGAAGAGAGAUCUGAAAAUCUCCUACCCUGCCAGCUUUAGGGUUUUUAGCACCUAUGUGACGAAAUACCACAAAGUGGUCGGGCAGCACCUGAAGAAGCUGGAGCCAGAGGUGACGGAGCUCAAGGAUCUGUACGCUCUGCUGGAUUGGAUCCUUAACGAAUACGAGAGUGAGAAGAUCAUGAGCUGUCCCUCCUUGCAGCCAGAGAUAACUGAAGAACACACAGUUUUGCAGCUGGAGGAAAACUUCCUCAAACAGCUGAAAGACAAGUUCUGCUGCAAGGUGAAGGAGGACAUGAGAGAAACUCUUGAAAGAGUCAUCCAACUUGAAUUUGAUGAUUUUUGGAAAGACCGCAAAAUGCCCCAAAAAGAAGAUAAUUUCCUUAACGCUCCAUUUCACAUGGACAUCUGGACGAAAGUGAAAGGAACCAUUGUGAACUGUGGGAAACUGGAACCCUCCCUGGAGAAAAAAGUUACCUCUUCUUGCAUCGGGGAGUUAAAAAACUUUCCCAAGCGGUUUGAAACGGAGUUCAAACGUCAUUGCAGCGCUUUCCAACCACAGCCUCUAUGGGCCCAGUAUCUAAUAACCUACAUCAACAGCUUUGCUGCUUUGCUGGAGCACAUGGAGGGGUACCAAGACAGCUGUCCAAAGGAGGUCGAGGAGUUCAGAGGGGAGGUGAAGUGGCUGAUCGCCAGGCUGAGGCAAACCCUGGAGGAUCAGUUCAAGGAGGACAUCAAGCCCUACAUGAGAAGGAUGAUGACGAGGAAGUGGCUCACCAGUGAUGAAGACUUCAAUCAUCUGCGCCAUCACACAGAGCUGCUUUCCCAGCACUGUGACGUCACGAGGCCUCCACACGCUCAGGAGUUUGUGAGCGAGCUGCACUACCAUGUGGUGAGGGAAUACAUUGGUCAGCUGAUGAAGUAUAACUACAACUGCAGGAACCGCAGACACGAGAGGGCUGCAGCCAAGAUCCGUCACCAGUGGAGUCAGCUACGGCAUCUGUUUGAGAACAUGAAGUCGUCUCACGAGUGGCUCCACCAUGUAGGAGAUGACCUGAGUGACAUCAUCGGACAAAAGAACAAAAAAGAGAUCAAAAACCAUCUGAUGCCUCUAGUUGAGCAUUAUUCAGACUUUAGCAGGAAGCAUCUGGUGGCUGUACUCUACUUCAGGGGUCUUCAGAGGGGCCGUGAGCACCAGCUGAUUCUCCAGCAGCUCACCAAGCUCAAAAAAGAAGUGGGCAAUGUCAACAAGAAGAGAAGCCAAGUUUUAUUUGAGGACAUUCAGGUCACCGCCAGAACUGACUGCCUGUCCCGCCUGCUCUUCGUGUGUGACGGCGUCAUGCAAGGAGAGAGCUAAAGCAAGACUGAUGUUGAAAAAAAUGGAUUUAUUUCAGUUGAAUUUUCACAGGAAAGGGUCCAGAGUGCAAAUGUUUCUCAUGUUUGAACUAUAGCCGCUGCUAAACUAUUACCCUGCUCUGCGCUGUUUAGUGUCUGUGCAAUGAUGAGGAGACACAUUUGUGCAGGUUCUCGGUGAGCCAGGGCAUGCCGGUCUGGAAGGUUUAGUUUGAAACAGACACAAGCUCGGUGGUGCGGUAUAUGCAGGCCAGUGCAGCAAGGAAUACUCGGAUCUCUGCAUCAGAGAAGGCUCAACACAAAAGAGCCAAUGCUUCAGGUGAAAGCCCAAAGCCUAAUUUACGCUUCUCUGUCAGCGUGACACGCAGCGCCAUUGUGCAUUGGCACACGGGCUCUGCGACAGGCCCACAUUGGGCGAUGGAGACAUGCCCAACUUUAAACUAUCAAUUCAAAGUGACAGAGACCGCAAGCUUGUGAUUGGUCAGGGCGCCGGUACCUCUAAAUUUGUCAACAGCACCGCCAUUGCCUUCUCCAAAACUAAAGAGAUAUUUAGCGGCAAACAGAACAGAUUAAAGAACGCAUCGCGGGAAAAGUUGUUAAUUCACCCGUGACUGAAGGAGUACAAGGAUGUGCAGAAAGAGUUUUAUUCAUGGAUGAAAAUGACAAGAAACAUGGUUAGAGAUGCUGAUCGCAUGAAGAGGUGGAGGAGAAUAAGGGAUCAUUUCAUUAAAAAGUCUCUGAAAAACAUUAAAACUAUGUAAACACAAUAGUAAACGCGCCAUCUUGGACCGGAUAUGUGGCUGUAAUGGUGGCAGGAGCGAAACGCCGGGAAAUUUCUUUGCAACGAUCUCCAGGUGACGGAGAAGUCUGAGGAGAAAACGUCCGAGUCAACUCCACACUCGGGCUGAUGAGGAAGUAUGAAUUAGGCUUUAGAUUUAGUCCAUCUACACAUCAGAGAGGAAGGGCACUCGCUUGAAGACAAAAAUGGACACAUUUUCACCUGGAAGAUGGAUGGUUUGAGAGAAGAGUGAAAGUAUCCUUUUAUGUGAAACAUGAUAAACCAACUUUAUAAUAAUAAAAUAUUUAGCCAAAUGAAUGAAGAAAAUCCAAUAAAAAAUUACAUUCCAAAUAAGUUCAAGCUAGUAGGUAGUAAUUGAAAUGAUUUCAGAAUAGUGCACAGUGGUAAUAUAAUAGGGUGUGUAAAUGUGCGUAUAAAUAAAUGUGUGUGUGUGUGUGUGUGUGUGUGUGUGUGUGUGUGUGUGUGAGUGAGUGAGAGAGAGAAAUCUCAACAUCCCCUACACUUUAGAAAAACUUGCUACACCCCUGAAUGCCACCACAGAGUCAGAGAAGGUCUGCUUUCUGAUCCUUCCAGAAAAGGUGUUGUGGCUCCAGUCCAGCUUGUUGUUCAGAAGAACACCUCAGGUAUUUAUGAGUCCACUACCAAAAUGUCCGUUCCCUGGAUGUUCACCAGUACCACUGAGGAGAGCCUGUGUUUGGAUAUCCACCACCAGCUCCUUGGUUCUCCUUGCAUUAAUCAGGAGGUGGUUCCACUGACUACUAGUCCACAACAUCCUGACUCAUGGAGACUGUAGAAUACUUUGGUCCAAAUAAGAGUUAAUUUUUAACUCCGUGACUGCGAGGAGUGCAAGCCAUUAGCCUUCCACCACCAUACACACAGCUAGUGUGAGCUGUGCUGUUUGUGUUGAUAUAAAAUGCCAAAACCCCCAAAAAAGUGCUUUAUGUUACGGGCAAAAUUCCUGAAUUUGAUCUAAUCUGUCCAAAGAACUUUAUUCUACAAGUCCUGUGGUUCAUUCAGAUGAAACAUGUCAACCCCAAACUGGACCUACAGGUUAUUUCUGAGAAGAGGUUUUCUCUUGCAACCCUUCUGAACCAAAUGUACCGGUUCAGCCUCCUAAUUGUCUAAAUUGCCUUCUAACUAUCUUUAACUGUAAAGCUGCUAAUUAAGGCCUACAGAGACUGAAAUAAAGCUCUUACACCCUUA